AUGAAGCACUGGGGUUUAAUUUUCUUUGUGAUUCUUCUCAUUCAAAACCAGGGGAUUUUUCGCCAAGUGGAAGCAGAUGAUGGGUUCAUUACUACCAAAGGAGUGCAAUUUUUGUUGAAUGGUAGCCCAUUUUAUGCAAAUGGCUUCAAUGCCUAUUGGCUCAUGUACUUUGCUACAGACCCUUCACAGAGAGAUAAAGUGACGUCUGUUUUUCAAGAAGCUAAACAGCAUGGUCUCUCACUGGCAAGAACCUGGGCUUUCAACGAUGGCCAAGAUAGAGCCCUACAGGUCUCACCUGGCUACUACAAUGAGCAAACUUUCCAGGGGUUGGAUUUUGUCAUCUCUGAAGCUAAGAGGCAUGGGAUUAAGCUGGUUUUGAGUUUAGUGAACAACUAUGAGAACUUUGGAGGGAGAAAACAGUAUGUGAACUGGGCAUCCAGUCAAGGCCAGUCUAUAUCAUCUCCUGAUGAUUUCUAUACAAACUCUGUAGUGAAAGGAUACUACAAGAAUCAUAUCAAGACUGUUCUCACAAGACGUAACAGUAUCACCGGAGUUGCUUACAAAGAUGAGCCAACAAUAAUGGCUUGGGAGCUUAUGAAUGAACCCAGAUGCACCUCUGAUCCGUCAGGAAGGACCAUUCAGGCUUGGAUUACAGAAAUGGCUUCUUACUUGAAAUCGAUAGAUGGAAACCACUUAUUAGAAGCAGGUUUGGAAGGGUUUUAUGGACCAUCUUCUUCUCAGAAGCAGCAAUCCAAUCCAAACUUUCAAGUAGGGACAGAUUUCAUUGCAAACAAUCAAAUCCCAGGCAUCGACUUUGCUACAGUCCACUCCUACCCUGACCAAUGGCUAACUGAUUCAGGUGAAGAAAGCCAAGAAUCGUUUUUGAACAACUGGCUCAACAAUCAUAUCCAAGAUGCACAGAACAUACUUCAGAAGCCAGUUCUGUUAGCUGAGUUUGGAAAAUCAUUGAAAUCUUCGAAUAAUAAUCAAAGGGACCAGCUGUUCAAUACAGUCUACUCGGCUAUUUUUUCCUCAGCUAGCAAGGGAGGUGCUGCCGCAGGUGGCAUGUUCUGGCAACUACUCACUGAAGGAAUGGACUCAUUUCGAGAUGGGUAUGAGGUCGUCUUCAGCCAGAAUCCUUCAACAGCUAGCGUCAUUGUCGAUCAAUCUCAAAAGCUCAACCGGAUUCGAAAGAUGUAUGCAAGGCUGAGGAACAUUGAGAAGUGGAAGAGAGCAAAGGAUAUUACAAACAAUGGCAAUUAA